AUGAAAAGCAUUUUAAGCAAUUCUAAAAAGCUUGACUAAACAGAUUUUUAAUCUACUUUAAAACGCAACAAUGCAAAUUAGUUAGCUGCUUCUCAGUCAAGGAAGGUUUAAAUAAAUGAACCUGAUGAGAAUAAAGUGAAAGAAGAUUAAUAUAUAGAAAAGCUUCAUGCUCAUAUUAACUUUUUGAAUAAGACUGUUAAAGAAAUGAAAAAGAAGCAAGAUGAAUAUAAAAAUGGGUUAGUUGAUAUGCUAAGUAAAGAUGCCAAACCUCUACCAGAUUUAGCAACUGAUUCUCAACAAAAAUACAAAGAAAUGAAACAAGCUUUAAUCUAAUAAAUUAAUGCUUUAGAAAAUGUUAGGGCAAAAACAAUUAAUAAAAAUUUGGGUCUGAUGAAAAAGAAAGAAAAAAUAAAAUAACUCCUUGAAGAAUUAGAAAGAAAGCAUAAUGAAAUAGAACAAUUUAACAAAAAGAGGAUUCAAGAGAUAAAGGAAAAAUACAAAAAGGAGAAAGAUAGAAGAGAAGAAAUGGAUGAAGAAGUUGAAAAGUGGAGAAUGUAAUACGAAAAAAAUUGUUAAGAAUAUGAAUAAAGAAUGAAAGAAAUUCAAGAGAAAAAAUUUAAUGAAGAAUUGGUUAAUCAGAGAUACCUCCAAGAGAAAUAAUUAGAAGAAGAAGAUGAAAUUGAAAAAAGAAAAGAGCAUGAAGAAGUUGAAAAAAAAAUUAAAGAACUCAAAGAUUUCUAAGAAAACGAUUUUAAGUACAAAGAUCUGAAGAAAAAAAAUUAAGAAUUAAGUGAAACCCUAAGAGAUUUAGGAGAGAAUUAUGAAAAAUUUAGAUAUUAGUCAUAUGAAUUAGACCACCUUAUUAAAUUAGGAGAUCAAGAAAAGGAAAAAGAAGCUGAUGAAAGAAAAAAGCUUAGAGAUGAAUAUGAUAAGUAAUUAACUAUCUUAGAGGAAUAUAAAAGAAAGAAUAGAGAAAAGGUAGAGAAGUAGUUUGAUACUGCAGUAUGUCCAGCUCUUACAGAGGUCUAAAAGAAACUCAAUAAAAUAAAAAGAACUGCAAAAGAAAUUUAAGACAAAUACAUUUAAAAUGAUGCUAAUUACAAGAGAUUGAAAAUAGAGUAAAUGAAGAAAGCUUACUAGAUUGAAAGAUCAAAACUAAGAGUUCAAGAAUUAAAGACUCAAAGUAACUAAUUAAAUCAAGAAGUUAAUGAAAGAGAGGUUGAGUAUUUAGAACUUGCUAAUAGAAUUACAGAACUUGAUUAAAGAUUAUCAAAACUUCGUAAGGAAGAAGAAAAAUUGUCAAAAGCUAAUCAAAAAUUAAUCAUAGAACAAGAAUAUUUGGAAAUAAAGGCUGACAAUUAUGAAAAAACUGUUAAGUUAUAAGAUUUGGUUUAGGAAUUAGAAUUUUCAGAAUUAGAAAAAGCUCAUCAAUCUAAUCUUCAAUUCAUGGAAGGAUUAAAAAGUCUAAAAGGUCUUAAAGACGAAGUAAGAAUGCAAAAUUUGUCUUUUUAUUCAUAGUAAUAAUGA